UGUAUUUUGUGCUCUAUUGUUAUCUGAUUCCAGAUAUACCACCUGUCAACUGGCGCUCAGGUGGUUUAGGUACAGUCGUAGAGUUAUUGAUGAGCAAACUCCAAAUAUCAAACCAAUUUUUUAAAUGAUUUUAUUUAACCUUUAUUUAACUAGUUUUGCAAGUGAAUAACAGAAGAGGGAGAGGCCCAACAGGAUGGCCAGUGUGCUCUGUAGCAGAGCCAGGCUGGUGACUUACCUGCCAGGGCUUCAUGUACUGGUCCGGCGGAUUGCUGGAACCAACCAGAGAACAUUCUCUGGUGCUGGAUCAUCUGGCUCUGAUGAGCCUCGUGUAGCAGUCACACCCCCUGACCUUGGACCCAGGACAGUUUGGCCAGAUGAUAGUAUGGGUCCGUUCGGGCCUCAGGACCAGCGCUUCCAACUGCCAGGUAACUCAGGCUUUGACUGCCACCUGGAAGGCACAGCAGAACAGAAGAUUAAAGGCCCAGUCCACCGGACAGUCCCCGACGUGCUGACUGUUCCCUCCAGCAGCGAGAGGCAUGAGUUCAUCCUUGCCCAAUUUGUCGGCGAGUUCCAAGGGAAAGAGGCUGAUCCCCCUGAACAAAUAGUCAACCGAGCAGAACAGUACUUUGAUAACUCCAAUGUAGAGUGUGCGAUACAGUCUUGCCCUGAGCUGCUGAAGAAAGAUUUUGAGUCAAUGUUCCCUGAGGCCCCUAACAACGCCAUGACGGUUGUCACGGUGACCCAGAAGACUCAGAACGACAUGACAGCAUGGUGUGAGGAGGUGGACAAAGAGAGGGAGUUGAUGCUAGACAAAUUUGUUGCUGGUGCCAAGGAAAUCUGUUAUGCCCUGAGGACAGAAGGCUUCUGGGCUGACUUCAUAGACCCAUCCUCAGGCCUGGCAUUCUUUGGGUCGUACACCAACAACACACUGUUUGAGACAGAUGAGAGGUACCGUAACCUGGGCUUCAGCAUCGAGGACCUGGGCUGCUGCAAAGUCAUCCGCCACGCAUUGUGGGGGACGCAUGUUUUCGUGGGGACAGUUUUCACCAGCGCACCUCCUCAUAGCCUUAUCAUGAAGAAGCUGCAAGGGGACUAAACCUGAAUGAUGGGAGAGUGUCUGGUAUGUGGUUGCUAUUAAACCUUGACGUGUCAAGGCUCUUUACACAGCCCUUAACUACUAUUUGCUUUUUAUUUGUACUUCACAUUUGUAUAGAAACCUUCAAAAUAGUAGUAUGGUACACCGAUAUUGUGAAAUACCCACAACCAUGAUCCCUGACAGUUUUACCAUUAUAAUAUAUUUAUUUUCAGCAUCUCUGUCUGUUCCUUUAGUGUAUUGUGGUUGGCCUGAUUGAAAAGGGUCUCUCUUGCGAAAUAGAUUUUAUCUCAAUGAGAUUUAUCUGUAUAAAUAAAAGUUAAAUUGAAUGUGAAAUAGAAGGUGGAGGAAAAAUCCACUCAAAUUGUCUUUGGGUAUUUGUUUCUUUUUGUGAUGUGGUAAGUGACACUUUGCUUCUUCAAAGUCCAAUAUCUUGAACUUGACUGCUGACAUAUAAAACAUUUUGGGACUGUAUUAACAGUGGACAAAAAAUAUAUAUAGUUUGAGUGGAUUUCCCCGUUAAGGGUGGCUUGACUCUGCCCAGAUGAGAUUUUCAUAGUAGAAUCAAUCCUGCAGCUAGAUAAGAAAAACAUGGGGACCUGCUGCUGCCCUUGACUUGGGUUGAUAAACCCCCAUUUUUAUCAAAAGGUAAGAAUUGAGCUUUUCUGAUGUCAUGAGGUUAAUCUCAAGAGCUCUUAUUUGAUCCGUGUUGCCUUCAGAAUAGAGACCUCAUGUCUUGUUCACAGGUCCUGAGAUCCAGUUAACCAUUGAAUCCUUGAAUAUUGUACUUGUGACAGUAAUCAAUGCGCUUGGCUAGAAGGGAGGGGCAGCACUUGUCUCUCUCUGUCACUUUACAAGAUUAACUGUUUUUAAAAGGGUCUGUGAUUCUUGUGGCAGCUUUUGUCCUGAGGUCCACACAUUAAAUGCAAUAAAACACA